GGGUUGUGUUCUCGUCUUCAACAGCUUUGUUGAAACAAAAAUGGUGGGUGCUUUCAGAGUUCUAAGCAAGUCCCUCAGACACUACAAACCCAAAGCCUCAAUAUUUCCAGACAGUCCACUCACUCCCACACCCAACCAAUGGCUUCACCAAACUCGCCGCACUCUGAUUCUGGAGUCAGCACCCUCUCACUCCGUCAACCUCCACAGGCUCUCCGAUUCCGAUUCCGGAAUCGUUGAAGUUAGUUUGGAGAGACCCCAAGUGAGAAAUGCAAUAGGGAAAGACAUGCUCAAAGGUUUGCAGAACACGCUUGAAGCUAUCAGGAAGGAUUCAUCUGUUAAAGUUUUGUUGCUCUGCAGUAAAGUUCCCAAGGUGUUUUGUGCUGGAGCAGAUUUGAAGGAGCGCAAGAUGAUGACUGCAACUGAGGUUCGUGAUUUCGUGAACAAGCUGCGUGCCACAUUCUCAUUUCUAGAGGUACUUCCCAUUCCUACCAUCGCCGUCAUUGAAGGGGCAGCAUUAGGUGGUGGACUUGAAAUGGCUUUAUCAUGUGAUCUUCGGAUAUGUGGAGAAGAUGCAGUAUUGGGAUUGCCAGAAACUGGACUUGCUAUAAUUCCCGGGGCAGGUGGGACUCAGCGACUUCCUAGACUGGUUGGAAGAUCAAUAGCAAAGGAACUCAUAUUAACUGGGAGGAAGAUUGAUGGCAGAGAAGCAAUGUCAAUGGGUCUGGUAAAUUAUUGCGUCCAUGCUGGUGAAGCUCAUCUAAAGGCACUUGAAGUUGCUCGCAAUAUAAAUGACAAGGGUCCAAUAGCAAUAAGGAUGGCGAAAAGAGCUAUUGACCAGGGACUUGAGGUAGAUAGGGCAUCAGCUCUGGCACUGGAAGAAGAAUGCUAUGAGAAAACCUUGCACACAAAAGAUCGCUUGGAAGCCCUGGCAGCAUUUGCUGAGAAACGGAAGCCGCGGUAUUCUGGAGAAUAAGAUGGCAAAUUUGCUAUAAUCUGUCUUGGGAUGAGUUGGCUGGCAGGAUGGAAAUAAAUUAAAUUAUCAGGCAAUCAGGAAAUAACAGGUUGUAGGGGCGCUAGUUUUAUUUAUCAUCAUAAUGUACGUUUACCUGCAUGGUAAUGUGAGGGGUCAGCGAAAUAGUUGGUGUCUGUUAGGUGUGGAACCUCUUACAUUCAAGAUGUUCGAAUGUGUACUAGUGAAGCAAUAAAAUUGAAUAUUUAAGGCU